CGCAAACUCCAAAAUUGGCAGCUUGGGUUGGAACCUGCUGUUCGAAGCAGUGGUGUCUGCACGUUCAGUUGACUCUUUCAAGAGAAGACUGGACGCUCACAGAUGCAUAUUAGAAAAGGAAUAACAAAGACCGUAGGCCUUCUGUCCUUAUUACACAAAUCUGAAAUCUGAACUCUAAACUUGCGGGGUUUUCAAGCUAUACGUUACAUAUAGGCAAGAUGAGAUGUCUCCUGUUAUGUUGCAUUUUAAUCUGUACCACUCCCUCCUGUCUUCCACGUUAUUACUGGGUCAAGUUCACUAUUUGCUCAUAUUAUGAAGCUUAGUAGUGGACAAGCAAAAUCAAUUAUGGAAGUUUAUAAACGUUGACUGAAGUACUCAUAAAUGCACCCGAGCUCCCAAGUUUGGGGAAAUUAUGGGGUAAUUCGGGGAAACUCCCGAAGUCAAAUGACUUUCACCAAUGUUUGGGGGAGAUUUCGGGGAUAUCCCUAAAGGUAACUGACCUUGAACAAGGUCAAAGGGGAAUUUCGUGGAAAUAUUGGGGAAUUCUCCUAGGUCUGGGGAUAUUUUGUGGGCUUUGUGCCAUUUCUCCAAAGUUGACAACGCUUCUACCAGUAACACCUUCUAAUAUAUUUCGUUCCCACCAAGAGAAAUCAAAAGACAGAGUCGAGGAGAUCGGAAGAGUAUAUUUGGCGAUGACCAAUAUAUCGGAAUUCUCUGAUCUAAUCUGGCUAGCGAUUGCGGUUGAUGUUGAGCACGGCGUUACCACACGUGAUCUGGUGCGGAUGCCUGACCGAGCGCCUUCAGCUAGAUGAGUCCACUAAAACAUAUGGUCAGCAUCCAAUGUCGAAAACUUAAUGCUAUUUAUUUUGGGGAUUUAUUUACCGCUACAGCGGCUUUCCUGAAAUUUCGUUAAAAUGGGCCAAAUUCCCCCCGAAAUUAGGAGUUCGGACGUUUAUAAACAUAUUAAUAUCUUGUACUGCACUAUAAUUGAUGGACGAAGCAAUCAGAUUUACAAUAACAAGUCUUAGAUUUUGGCGCAAAUUCAUUCACACAUUUGACUGAGUAGAGUUUUGGCAUUAUAGCUGAUGCCAGUUCGUGAUGAAAACAUUAUAAGUAAUUCCUAACCUUAACCAUCAACUGUAAAUCAUAACCCUUUUUUCUUCAAACUGCUUUAUAACCCUCAUUUAGCCCUAGUUAGUAGGUGGACACUUUCAAGGUUAGUUUAGUAUCGCUGAAAGGUCGUCCAUAAAUUAUAGAUGCAAGACUGCAACGUGAAAUCAAGAAGCAAAUGUAAAGGGGUCAGAUUAUUUACAUUAGCUCAUCACAAAGAUGUUGAUUACUUAAUUAAUAGUAUGUAAAAUUUAGGAAAUAUGAGCAGUUAUCGUACAAUAAUUUUAUACCGUUGUGAAGGCUACUUGUUGAUAUUUGGUGCUAAGAAGUGGUCUAAUAGAAAAAGAAAUGAUAUGUAGUGGGUUAUUGGCUAUCAAAAAUAUUAAUUCUUUCACAUGUUCAGCAUUCCAUGGCUUCUCUAAAGAGUCAUUGUAUUUGCUUUAUAUUGAAUAUAUUUACUUGAUAAGUUUUACCUUAUUACCUACUGUUUAAGUAAAAUGAAGUUGACAACUUUGAAUCGAGCAUUUAUCUUGCAACCCAAAUUAAAUAACAUAAUUGCGUCAUAUCAAGUCUAGCUUAGGAUUAAAAAACAUGGUUUGUUGUUACCUGUGGCUGGUCAAAUUCUUUUUCUAGUUAUUAGCUUGUAGUUAUGAUUAUACAUGGAAAGCAGUGUACAUAAAAUACAAAUUUGAUGCACCCACUUAUUUCUAUUGGUUUCAAUAUAUCCCACAAAUUCCCAGGCGUAUUUUCUCCAGAAUAGUUAAUAAGCAUGGGUUUGCAAUCGGUAGGUUUAACAUGUAAGAAAAUAAAACCUAUGGGUAAUUAGUAGUAAUCAUUCAGUCUUUCUAAUAUAUUUUUUUUGAGAAAUCACUCGAUUUUUAAAGCAAAAAUGUUCCCCGUAAUACUAUGUCCCUUCAAGUCCACCAUGUUUUUAUAUUAUUACACUUACUAUAAAUCACGGUAAUAUGACUUAUCAUGUUCAAGUUUAUGUGCAUUAACUGAGCCAUAUAGUUGUGGGUAUCGAUACUAUGCAGCUAUCGAAUCGAACUUGGAAUGUCGGAACUUGAACCUACAAUCCAUCAGUCAAAUUAAAAAGGACUUUAGUCACCAACAUACUACUCCACUCCAAUAUUCACAUUAACAGUUUAAUAGGGAACACGUAGGUAAACAAAUAAUGAACCGUCAAUCAAUGUGAUGUACCAGUCAUGAUUUUAGCUCACACAAACUGUUUUGCGAAAUGUGUUCCGUAAAGUUGUAUAAUAAAUUUAGCAAUCUAGUUACAUCUAAUGUAGUAAAAACGUGUACUACAUCUAGUUCUACACUUCACAUCACAGAAAUUGAAAAACUAAAACCUAAAUGAUAAAGGAGUGCAAUUGUCCCCAAUAGUGAUGUAAAAUUGCUAUAUAACACACGUGUCCAUAAAAUUAAGACCAACGUGGUACAUUGGGCUAAUUAAAAAUUGAUCCAACGAUAGGUGCAAGCGACUGGUCAAGAAAUAGCUUGCAUUUCUAGGGAAUGAGACGUACGCCGUUGGUGGCUUAAUUUAAUCUAAUCUUAUAUAUAUAUAUAUAUAUAUAUAUAUAUAUAUAUAUAUAUAUAUAUAUAUAUAUAUAUAUAAUAGUGUGAGUACGUUCGAGAUUCCGUUUAGUCUAUAAACUUCCUUCUCACUCUCGCUGCCAGUUGGACUUGUGCACAGGGAGAUUUCGUAUCUAUGUCGAAAUCAGACAACAAAUCGUAAAUAAAAAGCUAAUUAUUGUUUUUAUGUAUAUUCUUUAAAGUCUGAUUUUAUUUUCCAAGUUAGUUCACCUAAGUCUCACGUUUUUGCCGUAUUUGAAAAUGAUUCUUAUUUCUUGCUAGGGCAUAUUGGUUUCUCGUGGCAUAUUUAUUCAAGAUAAUGCCUAGAUUUGCCCAGCUGGUGAUAGGGCCAGCUGGUUGUGGGAAAUCAACUUAUUGUAGUACAAUGCAAGCUCAUUGUGAAACAUUGAGGAGGAAAGUUGAUGUGGUCAAUUUGGACCCUGCAGCGGAGUUUUUUGAAUAUACUCCACUAGCGGAUAUACGAGACCUUAUUCAUUUAGAUGAUGUAAUGGAAGACGAGGCUAUACGUUUAGGUCCAAACGGUGGACUUAUUUUCUGCUUAGAAUAUCUUCAACAAAAUUUGAACUGGUUGGAUACUGCACUUGGUGAUAUAGAUGGAGACUAUUUAUUAUUUGAUUGUCCUGGUCAAAUUGAAUUAUACUCACACCUACCGAUUAUGCCACGAAUAAUUGAAUAUAUGCAAAGAAAAUGGGAUUUUCGUUUUGUUACAAUAUUUAUUUUGGAUGCUAGAUUUCUCGUAGAUUCAUCACAUUUUCUAGCUGGUGUAUUGUCUGCUCUCUCUGCUAUGGUAUCCUUAUCAACUGCUCAUAUAAACGUAAUGUCUAAACUUGAUUUGUUAUCUGAACAAAAACAAAAAUAUGUCAUGGCUCGUUAUCUAAAUCCUGAUAUGGAUUACUUUUUUGAUCUGGAUCAAGUAUUUGAUGAAGAAGACGGUGGGGAACAUCACGAAAAGGAAGCCCCAUUUAAUAAACUUACUCAUGCACUAGCUGAUUUGAUUGAGCGUUACAGUGUAGUUCAUUUUGUCCCAUUAAACAGGGAUAAAGAAGAUACUAUAACAGACUUACUAGUUCAAAUUGAUCAAUGUUUACAGUAUGAUGAAGAAGUUGAUCCUUCAAAUCGAGCGUUUGACGAUGCUGAACAAGAGUUAGUUAGAUUUCAAGGUGAAAAUGAUGGUGACGAGGAUGCUUCACGGAACUCUGGAUAAACAGACUAUUAUCAAAAACUUUGUAUAUAAUCAUAAACAAUAAAUCGUAAUUUUUGUAACACUCCGUUUUUUUCGUAAACCAAAAUAAUAGUUUUACGUCCUCAUACAGAUUCUUUUUAGAUUAUUGAAAUAAAUUAUGAAGUAUUCCUAAUCCUGACUGGUUCCCUUUCAUUAUGGUUACUUGAAAUAUUAUGCAAAUCAGUCAACUCAGGUUCUCAUACACAUUUGUUUUUGGAAACUCUUACCCAUGGAUUAACUGGUUCAAUGUUUUGGCUAUGUUGUUUGAUUAGUAUAAAUGGUAAACUAGAUUUAUAUACCACAGGUUACCGAAAAAAUAUAAUUAUGACUCUUGAGUCAUGUUUUUGGGCAGCAUUCGGUGCAAUACUACCGGAUAUUGAUCAUUUUAUAGCUUCAGGAAGUACAAGCAUUGAACUUGCACGUCAACUUCCUGGUAGACCAUUUUUACAUUGGGCUGGUUUAUAUCUGCUUAUUUAUACUCUUUUAAUUAUUGGUUUAUUUUUCAUAUCUUAUCCUAUAUGUUUAAAAUUCAAUAGAUUUUUCACUAUAUUUUGGUGUUUCAUAUUUAUUCCAUUUAUAAGUCAUAUUAUACGUGAUGCAAAUAAACGUGGUUUAUGGUUAUGGCCUCCACCAGACUUUUAUACAUUAAUGAAUCUAUCAAAUUUUACAUAUAAUAUAUUAUAUCCUAGUAACCCGGGAAUGAUUCAUUUAAUUAGAACACUUUUAUUGUAUUUAGUUGUUUUAAUGUUUAUCAUUUUGGUAUUCCGUCAAUAUGCCUAUUCUUUUCAUUGGGAUAUAUCCAAUUUUGCACCAAUAACAUCUUAUCUUAUUGGUAAAAGUAAUGAAUUUUAUAUAGACCAUACAUUUGUUGUAUGAAACAUAAUCUUUUGGAUACAAUAAAACUAUCUAAAUAGUACAUUAUUAAUAAGUGUGAUAUUUUGUAUAUAUCUAUAUUCUAUUACCUAAUUAAUAUAAUGAAAUAUACUGUCUUAGUGAUAUCUUAGUUUCUUGAUUUCAUUUUAAUGAUGAUGAUUUAACCCUAUAGAUAAUUGUAUGAGGUGUUGUUUUCUGUUAAUGUUUGUUUAGUUAGUUAUUUUCAUUGCUCAAUCUAUAUCUUUAGCUUCUAAAGAGCUCAUACGUUUCUAGAUUUAUGAACCUUCAUUGUUUGGUGACAUCAUUUAGCGACCGUUGUCUAAUGAUCAAAGGAUACAUCGCAGGUAUUACUUAAAAUAACAGUGUAGAUGACACUUUAUGUGUGUGUGUGUGCGAAUAAAGUAGUACAAAUUCAAUUAAAACAAUAGUAUUUUAAUAAUGAUUUGAUCAUAAACGUAUAUCAGCUAGAGAACAAUUGAUUUCAAGAAUCUUUGGCCACUUCGUGUCUUCCUACUGUAGGAGACUCUUCAACAAUGCGCAAAAAUCUAACCCAAGACCAUUAAUUAUUGUGUAUACUGCAGUAUUACUCAAUUAGUGAGUCGGAACCUAGUUAUCACCACCCUAAAAUUCAAUCGAUUUUGAAAGACAGCGUCACGAUUGUUCAUUAUACUCUGUAUGUAUAUAGUUCUUUUCCAAGCCAAUUGAUUCAACAGAUCAUGGCUUCUCAAAGGAACUAUUGUCGAUCCACUUCAGUGUAAUUAAUCAUAAAUGAGAACAUAGUCAUUCUUUACAUCUUGGUAAGAUUAUUUGUCAUCUAUUGAUAGUUGGUUUGGUGAUGUAAGUACAGAAUAAAGUAUCGUUAAAUAAAAAUCUUUCUAAGCCCUAAUACAUCUAUGUCUUAUUCAGAUCUCCUCGAAAUAACCGAAUUAUUUUUAAUUCAGUGUCUAUAAGGUCGAAACUAUUUACACAUGGAUAUUUGGUGAUGUUAGAACUUUCAAAAGAUAAAACAAACGAAGCUUUUACGUUUUGAAAAUCUCUAAAGAAUUAUAAGUCACUGACGCUCUGAAAUUUCACAUAGUCUUAGAGUCUCAUGUGACAUUCAAAUUAAUUGUUGCUAUAGUGUAUGAUAAAUAUAUUUCAUUCAUUGUCACAACAAUCGAUUGAAAUGUAGUUGUUCAGCUGCAAUAAAUUAAGGAAAUAUUCGAAUUUGUUUCUGCUAAAACGAUUUAAUUCACUUAAUUCAACUUAUGUUUGUGACUCCAUAUACAAAUGAAUAGUCCAAAUAUGGAACCAGAUCUUAUCGAGUUGUUGGUACAAAAGACUAAGAUAAAUGUCAUUUCCAUCAUAAAUCAAAUCAAAGGGAUUUUCAGACUGAUAAUAAAUACUAGUAUAGGGGUUGUGGAGAUUAUUAAGUUUUUGAUUGAGAUCAUGAACCGACUGGUGUUAGACCACCUUUGGAAACCUGGAAACACUGGACGGCCGUUUCGUCCUAUUGUGGGACUCCUCAGCAGUGCGCACCCACGACCCCGCUCGCGGGACUCGGACCCAGGGCCUUCUGUAAUAUUAAUGAUAAUAAAUAACCAAAAAAUUCAUUAAAGUUGAUUUAUCAUCUAUUAAAAGUUGUGAAAUAGAAAUGGUGGUUAUUAUCCGAAAUUAUUGAUUCUAUGUGUAUUCUUUCCACUUAAAAAUGUAUCACUGUCAGACAAAUUAGUUACUGGACAGGAUACUUUAUAUAGAAUUUACAUUUGGCUUAGUUUGCUAACAACUAAUGACUUUCCACUAUGUAGCGUGAAAAUUUAGCAAGAGCGACAAAAGUUCAUCUAACUGAAUAUAAGUUUGGACGAUCUCCAUGUAUAUUCAACAUGGACAAAGCGUUUGUGCCUUUUUUUAAAAACAUCUUAUUCCUUGAAAGAGUCAAAUGUUAGUAGCAAUUGUAAAUAGUGUUAAAUAUCAUUCAGAUUUCAAAAAGUACAAAUAACCAUCAUCACUCGAUGACAAUCAGAAAUGCCUUGAAUGACGAAUGCAUAUCAUUGACUAAGAGAUUGAUUCAUUUUUAGGGGGUCGAAAUAUGUUUAUAUAAAUAAGUAUUUAUGCAUGUUGUUCAACGGCCCAAAAGAACUUCUCUUUCAUUGUUGUCUUCUCUCGUAAGUAGUCAAUUUUUGGGGGUUAGCGCACAGCAAUUUGUGUAUCAGUCUCAGAUCUCGGACACCCCUGUCAUAACGUAAGUGUUGUACUUUGCUCAGGUACAUGACUUACACCUGUUGUUAUAAAUUCAAUUUUGAUAAUGAAAUUGGUCGUUUAUGGCUUAUUUAUCGAAAUCAAAUUAUAAGAAAUCAUAUAGUUUACUUGACGAACUGAUCUUAGUUACAGAACUAACGAAAAUCCGGAAGCACUGAACAGCUGUUUCCUCUUAUUAUAAAACUCCUCAGCAAUCCGCAUUUACAAACCCAUCAGGGACUCUCAUACCAAACACCUAACCGUUAGAUCUUAUUUUAUUUAUUUAUUUGAUCACAUAAAUAUUGGUACAAAGGGGUACCGAAUACAUAUGCGCUGCCCAAGUCACUUAAUUUUUGCUUGGACUGUGAUAAUGCCCGGGUGCCUAGACCAGAUCAGGUGGUUUUCUUAGGAGGCCACAUCCGGAGCCUUCGACCUAAAGGUAUAAUCCACAAGGUAGUGGAGCAACGUCAGGAGAUGCAGUCCUAUGGUAGCCAGUGACCGACGAUAGGUUCGUACGCCAUUUGUUUCCUCAGGAUCCUGGAGCUCAUGUUCACCAUUGGUUUGGAAUCAUGGUUUUCCAACUCCACUAGGUGGGCUCUCCAUGUCCACCAACCCGGUUAAAACGACGUACAUUCGUUUUUCGUCCUCUCAAUUUCGUCAACGACAGUAAUGGCAUGAGAAUGCAGUGAGUAGGACUUCCCUGGCAGAGUCUAUAUACGCGUGGCCAUGUGAGAGCAUUUCGAAAGGGCGAACUGACUUUCUCCACUCUCGGCUGUACCAGGGCAUUUGGGAGCACCCUUAGAUCACUGAGUCGACACUCAUUGGUUUACGUCUAUGACUUCAGUCAGUUCACGACAUUGCGUAACCAUUUUCCACUUGCUAAUAAUGUGUAACUCCCAAAUACCCCUUAUAGUUACAAUCUGCCGGUCAUGGCUUCCCACUAGAACCGUGGGAAAUGCAUUUCGUUGCGAGACCUGAAGGUUGUAGGUUCGUCCGCGAGUGGUUUGUGGUUAUGCACUGCCGAGGAGUUUCAAACUAGGAUGUAGGAACUAUCAAUUGUUCCUUGGUUUCCAAUGAUUCUGUAACUAAGGUCAACGCGUAAUGUAAACUAUAAAAUUCAACAAUCUUCACAAGCCAUCUAUCAUUUAUAAUCGAACACUAAUCUAUUAGGUUUGUAUUUGUUCAUUUAGCACUCACUCUAUUGGUUGAAUUCAAGGAGUUUGCCAUAUUGCUUAACGAAUCAAGCAUUAUCUUGUUUAAUCAUUAGUAUUCGUUCAAAUGAUGGGAGCUCUCAAAGAUGGAUUGCACGUCAACGUUCAGAUCCUUACGUAAAACGUGCUCAUCUUGAAAGUUAUAGAUGUCGUAGCGCAUUCAAAUUAUUACAAUUAAAUGAUAAAAUUUCCGGUGGAAUUUUUAAACCUGGUGAUAUUGUUGUUGAUUGUGGUGCUGCACCAGGAUCAUGGUGUCAAGUAGCUUCAUCUUUAACCAAUUGUAAUAAUAAUUUCAAAGCUUCAAAUAAUCAAAAUAAAGGUUUAGUAGUUGGUCUUGAUUUGUUAAACUUCGCACCAUUACCUGGUGUUAUUACAUAUUGUGGUGUUGAUUUAAAUAAUUGGUCUGAAUGUAUAAAUUUAAUUAAUCAAUCAAUUUCCAAUCAUUUUAAUAAUAAUGAUAAUGGCCGUAAACCGUUACAAUCCGAGAGACAGAAAUCACUGCCGGGUGUUGAUAUUGUCCUCAGUGACAUAGCUCCAAAUGUGUCAGGAAUGCGUGAAAUCGAUAUACCAGCUAUGAUGACAUUAGCGUAUAAUAUUUUACGAGUAGCAAUCAGUGUUUCAAAAGAAGGGGCCAGUUUCGUGAUCAAAUUAUUUGAAAGUGCGGAAGCUGAAGAAUUUAAACAAACAGUUUCACAGUUUUAUACAUUAAAUUCAAAGUGUUCUUCAUUUACACGUUUUAUUAAACCGGAAGCUAGUCGAAAAGAGUCAUCAGAAAUCUAUUUAGUUGCUAGAGGUUUUCAACUUCCUCAAAGUAGACAGGACAGUUAAAUCCUACUUUCCAUCGUAUAUACAUAUUUACCAUUUUAGCAUUGUACAUUUGAAAUACAGUAAAUAAUUGCUUUUAUCUCAUACAGCUUUAUCAUUGUAUAGAUCUAAAAAGAAUGUAAAUACCAAGAUUUGCCGAAUAAAAUAAAUUCUUUCUAUUCCAAAGCUUCGCAUUAACCGUAAACAGCUUAAAAUUACAUUGAGUAAUACCGUUUAUAAUAAACUAACGUUCGGCAGCCUUUAGUUAUUGAUGUUAAACUGAAUACCAAAAAUGGAACCAAGAAUUUACCUAGGACACAAAUACGUGAUUAAGUAUAUUUAAAAUAGACACAUUCAUGUGUCAAAGAAAUUAGUGAUACAAAGUAGAGAAGAUGAG